AUGCCACCAUCCAAAGAGCUGGAUCGAGUUGCCCAUGUGACCACCGAACAGGAUCGAAUUCCGUUGUUUGACUGUAGGAGGAUCCGUCCUACCUAUUUUAGCACGGAAACUAUCCGUGCUGAGGAAGAGUUCUUCACCGAUGUGCUCUUCAAACAUCGGUGGUGGUACAACGGCAACCGUGGUCGAGACGGUAAGGCCUUGGUGCAAGGAUGGAAUACCUUCAUCCAUAAUAUCGAGUGCAUUGGCCGUGAGGCCUGGCUCGGUAAACUUGAUGCAGCUCGCAUCAGGUUUGAGAAGCGCACCCCAGUCGGGGUCGCCUGGACAGCUCGAAUUGUGCCCCUAGGGAGGUCUACCUCCCUAAUGAUUCCUACUGUACGGCGCGCAUCUCUUAUGAGACGGUCAAAGAGAUUGCCACUUUGCAAUCCCUGUACUCGUGUUCGGGGAGGUUGGUUUCCGACGGCCCUUGUUCGAAUGCAGCAGGCGGGUCUCGUCAGGUUGCUCGACGAGACCCAGGACAUCAACAAUCAUCUGGGCACGAGGCUCCCAGCUGUCCCACGACGCUGUACAGCCACGCCAGCGGACGAGGUAACUCGUCCGGACGCCAUUCACGUCGCCGUGGUUUUAAGGUACGCUCCACCAGAAAGCAAUGACCACCGCCUGAGUCCACCAAAGGAUGUGGUGGAGGCGGGAGCACCUGAUCCGUCUCGAAGGUUGGAUCAGCUUGAUGAUCAGGAACUGAACCGUGUAACGGAACAGCUGCAAGAUGACCUGAAUCAUGAACGGAAUCGGCGUUACGAGCUCUGUGAUAUUGCAAAGGAUAAUUACUACUCUUUAGAGCACGAUCAUUUCAAAGAUCGUGCCGCGUUUGCGUUCGCGCAACUUGAGAACGAACGUUCGACUCGUUAUCUUCGUGACGAGCUGAAUGCAGCUCGUCGAGCCAUCGCUCAACUGCGUGAACAGGUCGCUUCGCUAGUUGACCAGACUGGCUCGUUGAAACGGGACCAUGCAAAGGUGGUCUCGGCCCUUGACCGCGGAGGUGUUCUUCGCAUCUCGAAACGGACUCGUACUGAUAGUACGGGCGGAGACGUCCAACGCAAUACGUAA